AUGUCGAACUCCUACGUCCGACCUCCUCAUUAUCAGAGACAUCAUCAGUCCAUGCUGUUGAAUCUUUCCAGCAUACAUCCGCACUUCGAGACAGAUAAUUUCGACCGCGAGUACCAAAAAGAACUUGCUUCGGUCAUUUCUCAAUAUCCGCUGACUGGUUUGGACUUCUGUUAUUACUGGACUGAGAAAGUCUUGUGGGAUAGAUUUCAAUUAUCUAGUGCAUAUGGCGAAUUUCCUGGUAAAUAUGGUGGUCCCGAGUAUAUUGUUCAACAACAAGUUGGUCAAUUGCCUCCCACUCCAGAAUCUGCUGAACCAGCACCUGCGAUAACUGCAGAUUUCUUUGAUAACAUCUUGGAGAGUUUGGGGACUCCAAGCCGCCCUGCGAAACCUGUCCAACCAAUCAGCGCUCAGGCUCCAGAGAUGUCUAAAGCUGCCUACGAAACACCUGUCUCUAAACCUGUCCAACAACGAGUGGAUCUCAUGGCAAUGCCAUCUCGCAAACUAGCUCAUAAUCAUUUCGAGGGAUACCUCAAGCCUCCAAAUACACCAGCUUCGGUCUCAAUACAAGCACCCCGAGAUUACCCCAAAGACUUUGUCUAUCCCGAAAGCCCAUACACUUCAGCACAAGACUCUCAAGCCUUUGCCAACGCCCCAGUCAAUCCCGAAGGCCUAGGCACUUCGCAGACUUCAAAUGAAUUUCCGGUAUCAACCACCGGACCCGACCCUCCAACUUCAACACCUUCAUCGCUCUUAGCUGCUCGGCUUGCUUUACCUGGCUUCCCCAACCCCAUUGCAACAUCCAACUCCGCACCUGCUGCACCAUCCUCGUCAUUGACACCUCUUCCUCCUCUCCUACUCCCCGAUUCAGUUGUCAAAGAUCCCGACACUGGCGAACUCAUCACAAUAAAGAUGUUUGAGCGUCGCUGUCUUGGUCGUGGUGCUGAAAUUGCCAUCAGACAGGCACAAGCUGCCGUUAAGGCGACACCAAAUCGUAUGACCAAGCCUGUAGCCCGUUUGUUGUUGGAGGAUUCACUCACCACGGCAUUGGCCAAUAUUAUCCAAGAACAAAGCCAGCAGUAA